AUGGAUAAGUUCGAGGCUGGUUAUCCACCUUCGGCGGCGAUGGCGCGCUCCGUGCUCCGGGGGCUGGCCUCCUGCUGCGCCCUGGCCGUCGGCGGCACCGCCCUCGCGCUCGACGAGCAGGCCCUGAUCCAGACCGUCUCGCGGCGGGCGCCGGCGGCGCCAGAGGACAAGCUGCCUCGGAGCGCUCUGCUGACGGUCUGCUUCGUCUCCAAGGCCUCUCCGGGCCGCCACAGCGUCGAUCAGCUGACGAACGGCUGCGUCCUCAACGUCGCCUCUUUCAAGCUGGCGGCGCCGCAGUCGGACGUCAUCCUGAUUGCCCCCACGGAGGAGAACGCCGCCGACAAGAUCAAGAACCUGUCCAAGAAGGACAGCUCCAUCAAGAUCUCCUACGUCGGCACGGGCCCGUGGGAGGUCGGCGGACAGAGCAUCCCCUUCCAGAACGACGAGGGGAAGUUCUACGGGAACGGCCUGAAGCUGCUCUGGUACACCCAGACCCUCAAGAAGUUCCAGGGGCAGUACGACUACAUCUUCAUCGCCGACGGUGCCGAUCUUUACUUCCAGCGGAACCCCUUCGAGCUGGCCGUGGAGUACCCGGGUGCGGACCUGGUGUUCUUCGGCGAUCGCGGCGACAACCCGUCCAAGGGCAAGCAGUUCUUCGACCGGAUGAUGCCACGUUGCGAGAGCUCCAAGCGCAACGAACCGAGCUUGAUGGACGAUGUCGACGAGACGUUCAUGCGCGAGGUGGACGGUAGGCAAUUCAGCAUCUACGCCAACAGCGGCCUGAUCCUCGGCAAGGCCGACGCGAUGCUGAGUCUCACCAGCCAGGUAGCCGAGAUCGCGGCCGAGUGCAAGUUCUGGAUCUCCGACCAGAGCUUCGUCAACCUGGUGCGCUACUACAUGAUUAAGGAGCGCGGCGAGGACAAGGUCCUGAUGUUCCCAGACAUGGAGAAGACCGCCUCCCUGGGGCACUACAGCUGGUACUACUGGACCGAGGACGGUUGGCUCGCCACCAAGGACGGAACGAAGGAGAGGCUGUACGUGGUCCAUCAGUACGACCGCGCUCCGCAGGCUAAGCUGCUGACGGAGCUGGUCUGGAACAAGACGGCCGAUUGGCUUCGCCAGCGCGAGUGA